AUGGAUCCGCACGAAUGUUCGGAAAUAAUUAGCCGGCAUCCUGAGUUGAUACUGGUUUCAAACAAUCCAGUAACGUGGGAGGGAAUGUUAAGCGUCACUGUGAAUGCAGCUGAGAAAAGUAAAGUUAGGAUCAAACUGACCCUACCAAAUUUCCCCGCAUUGAAUGGGGCUACUCUUAGCUUUGGAAAGAAUCCAGAAAUUUUAUGCCACAGGGAUUUCAGCAGGAAAUCAAGAAUACUGAUAGAAAGUGCAGUUACAGUUACUUCAUUCUUAAAACAGCUGCAAGUAUUGAUUGGAGAAGCCUUGCACAGUCACCUUCCUUGUCUGACAAGCAUCAACAACCACUCAAUUAUCUCUGAACUAGAAGCCAUGACACAUUCCCCGUGCGACGUAAGGCUUUCAACGAGUCAUGGAUUAAAUCUCAUUGAAUUAGUAUCAAAAAAUAUUAGAGUCAGGUUACAACGUGAUGCGAGAUGUUCAGAUACUUGGAAAAUCGUUUCUAGUGAUCUGGCACAGUUACAAGGAUGCGAACUUGUUGUUGGCGCAACAAUGAGCUUGCAUGACGCAGGAAAUAAACUUGAUAAGCAAGUAGAAUCAUUGGAAAAUGUUUGGGAACAUUUGAAAGAUAUUGACAGAAAUUGUUGGGUAAUCGAUCCGCUUAUACCAAUGCCUCAUCAUGUCUAUCGAAGAAUAAAAAUUAACUCAUCUUUAUCCAUUCUGAUAAACAUUAAUCCACUCCAGCCAACCAGUCUUCCAGCUAUUAAAAUAUUGGGUAGUGAUUCAGAAGUAGCAAAGUACAGAGAAAUAGUGUCAGGAAACUUUGAGUUAUGGGAUCCGAGCAACAGUCUAUCUGAAAAUUUACGGAUUCUAUUAAAUUUGGAAGAAUUUCCUCAGGCAACACUGACAAAAGAUGAGAAGCAAUGCGACAGUGGUCUCUUCAAUGAUGAGGAAUGCUGCAUUUGUUUUUCACUAGAACUGAAUGACAAUGAAUUACCUGAGAAAGUAUGCAACAAUAAUACGUGUCGGAAGCAGUUUCAUACAGCGUGCUUAUUGCAGUGGCUACAAGCAAUACCCGGCAAUCAAGUGGUAUUCAAUCAACUGCAUGGCGCUUGCCCACAUUGCGGGCAAAACAUAUCGUGUCCUGUAGAAUAGGGCAUCACACAAAUUGUCAAUAAUUUAAGAGUUUAUUACCGUGACACUGACAUUACUCGUCAGUUUUUCAACAUGUAUUCAUCCACUUCCCCAAUUCCCUUGAAAGUCAAUAAGUCAGGUGACUUUCGUUAAUAUACUAUUUUCCUUAAGACUUCAAUGGAUUAUCUAUGAAAAAUAUACUCAUCUAUAUAUAAGAUAAAAUUAAUUUAUAAGAUUUCAAUUGAUAAACCUAGAGUAUUCAUCAUCAAUCAAAAACGUGAAAAUUGAUAAAUUUUAAAGCUGAAAUCCAUUGAGUAGCAGCUUUAUUAAACUCUGGAGUACCACAAAUUAGCACUAGAGUAGAUUUUGGUGACCGAGAUUCUAAGAAUCUUGUUACAGUGUUCUCCUCUAAGUGACUGCUCUCUAUUCUAACGCCGUUUAUUCUUUUAGCGCUAUCUGAAAUAGUUUGAAAAUAAAAAAAAUCAUAGCAAUGGA